UUUUCUCCGGCUUUGGGUUUGAUGGAAGCGCAUGUGUAUGCGGUGUGUUCGCCGGCUCACGUGGAUGCCACAACACAGCCUUGGUGGAUUUCCUGAAAAUAGUCCCAUUAAAGUAGCGCUUUUGUUUCAAACACUUAACUAUCACCGUGUUUGUUUGAUAUAAUCGUGUCUUUAACAGUCUGUUUGCUGUAGUCGUGCGUUGUCGUUAAAUGUACAGAGAUUUUUUUGUGUGUGCGCUUCGGACGCCAAGGGCCGUUACGCCUGUCAAAUAUCCCUCCGCCGUUUUUUUGUCCCCUUUCAAACUGUUUUGGUCUUUUCGAUGUUAGCAACGGAAACAGCCCCAGACAGCACUCAAAAUCAAUUUUCAGAUUACAAAAUUAUUUCGUUCGGAUUAACGCAGCACGUUGGCAAGAGGUUCAACGCCCGCAUUUAUUUUAGGAGAAUCGUUUUCACGUGUUGUCUUUUUUUAAAGCGUACCCCCCCCCCCCGCCCCUCCUCUUGAUUUAAAAGCAAUUGUACAGGUUGAUAAUUGGGCUAACCUAGAACGUUGACAUUAGCCUGCUAGCCACCAGAGUGCUAACAGCGGCGGCUAACUGUCAACCAACCACAGACACAGUGGUCUCAUCGUCGACGAGAGAAUUUGCGGUGUCAAGCUGGUCAUUUUAAGACGCCGUCUUUUAUGGGCUCGCCAUGUCAAUGAAGGCCGGUGGAAAUCGCAGCAAGCCCGGCGGUGGCAACGCCGCUGGUGCCGGAGGAAGCGGCGGGGGACGACAGAAUCUGGGCAGGGGAAGACACAGUGGUAAAGGUCCUGCAGCGGUCAUUUUCAAUGGAGUGUAUGCGAACAUGAGGAUGGUCCACGUCUUGACAUCAGUUGUGGGGACCAAGUGUGAACUGAAGGUGAAAAAUGGAGCAGUCUAUGAAGGAGUAUUCAAGACCUAUGGUCCAGAGUGUGACUUGGUGUUGGACGCAGCCCACAGGAAGAGCCCAGAGCUAAGCGUGGGCCCCAGGAAAGAGGACAUUGUGGAGAGCAUUGUCUUCAAGGCAGUCGAUGUUGUCGCCGUGUCCUUCAAAGACGUUGACCUUAACUUUGCAAGGAAAGUUUCCUCAGACACAGAGCAUAAAGGUAUAUCCUUGCGUGUCUCAGAUAACUUCACAGACUCCGCAGUCAGUGGAAGGAUCAAUGGUGAGCAUAAAGAGAAAGAUCUCGAGCCGUGGGAUGGCGGAGAAACCCACAAUUCUGACAGCCUCGAAUCUCUGGAUACUGAUGUGUCAAACGGCUGGGACCCCAAUGAUAUGUUCAAGUACAACGAGGAGAAGUAUGGAGUCUUGUCUACGUAUGACAGCAGCCUGUCCACAUAUACGGUCCCCCUUGAGCGCGACAACUCAGAGGAGUUCCUCAAGAGGGAAGCGCGAGCUGCCCAGCUGGCCGAGGAGAUAGAAGCCAGCUCCACUUACAAGGCCCGUGUGGCCCUAGAGAAUGAUGAGCGCUCAGAGGAAGAGAAAUUCACUGCGGUGGUACGGGGGGAAAGAGAGAUGCACACACUGAGCAGGGAGAACAAGUACAUUCCCCCUGGCCAGAGAAACAGGGAGGCAAUGUCAUGGGGGUCUGGACGGCAGAAUUCCCCACGUCUGGCUACGAACUCAGCAGGGCCUUCGGCUGCUCGUGCGGGACUGCAUGACUACAAUCAGAGCCCAGGUGGCGACCAGAGGGUGGUGAACGGAGGUUCAUCCCAUUGGCCCUCACCCUGUCCAUCUCCUUCCUCCCGUCCCCUCCCUCGCUACCAGUCCGGCCCCUCCUCCCUGCCUCCUCGGGCCACCACGCCCACCAGGCCACCCUCCAGACCCCCCUCUCGACCUUCCAGGCCACACUCUCAUUCAUCCUAUCCCUCCUCCUCCUCUUCCUCCUCAUCUCCCUUUCCUGUCCACGGGCCCUCGUCGACGGCCUCCACUCUGCCCAAACGCAUGUCUUCAGAAGGUCCACCACGGAUGUCUCCGAAAUCCCAGAGGACGCCCCGUGCUCACAGAGUACCUCCCAGCAGGACCACUGGGAUGCCACCAGGAGUUGAUCUAAUUUCUCACAAUGCCCCUGGAGAGGUCCCAGUGACUCCGUCCAACAGAGGCAACUCCUCGGGAGGAACUUGGUCUUCUGUCGUUAGUGGAGCUCACAGGCCACGCUCCCCACGUCAGAGCAAUAUGGGUGGAGCCUCCCCUUCCUCCUCUUCUCUGUCUCAGACAGGAACAACUCCUCCAGAGUCUUUUGCUGCACCGAUGUCCGCUUCCUCCCCGACUGCUGCGAGCCCUGCCCCCAAUACGCUUGCCUCUCUGACAGGAGAUGUUAAAGAAAGUCGUGUCCAGGAGACGAGACAAACAUCCCCCAAAGCCAACAAAGACGGCAUGAAGGACAGUUCGUCCAGUAUCAUCAGAUCUGUGUGUAAAGGUCCCCCCUCCUUGGCACCUGACCACAGGAAACAACUUGACAAUUUAAAGAAAUUUAGUGAAGAUUUUAGGCUGCAGUCUAGUUCUAACUCUGACCCUGCCUUCGACCACAUGAUCACCAAGCCUCCAAGAGACUCUGCGGACAAGCCUACCGACCUUGCCUCCUUGGACAAAGCCGCAACAGGCCCUGAAGAGCACGGCGGUGGCACCCCGUCCACGGGCGCCAUCAACACGAGUAAGCCCGGCAGCCCCGCCGCGCUGUCCCCGUCUCCUUCGGGCCCAGAGCAGAAGAGGGUGGGGCUGGAUGUGACCUCGCAAGGUGUUCAGACGACAGCCAUGUCUACUUUUGGAGGACCCAAGCAUGAAGAGAAGGAGGACAAGAAGGAGGCGGUACAAGAUCAAGUGAGAAAGUCCACCUUAAACCCCAACGCCAACGAGUUCAAGCCGAGGUUCAACACGCAGCAGCCCAAACCACCCAACACCCCGACACCCCCGCGACCUCAGGGCCAGCCCAGCCCCUCCAUUGUGGUCCAGCAGCCCCCCACCGUCUACGGCCAGCCGGUGUGCUUCCCCCAGAUGUAUCCCCUCACACCAGUUAGUCCCGGCGUACAGAAAAGCAUAAUAUGGAAGUCUCCAGCGAUGUACCAGGUCCAGAUGCCGCAUAUGACUGUCAACCAGUCUAAACCGUACAGACCAGGUAAAGUGCCCAACAUGACGCAGGGCAGGUCGGACCAACACCACCCGCCGGGCACGCCCACCCUCAUGCACCCGGCCACAGCAGCGGGGCCGCCGAUCAUCACGCAGAGCCCGGCCUACUCCGCCCAGUACUUCACGUGCAGCCCGCAGCAGUUCCCCAGUCAGCAGCUGGUUCAGCAGAUGCCACAUUACCAGUCUCAGGCACAGCACGUGUUCAGUCCUGUGAUGCAGGGCAGCGCCCGCAUGAUGGCGCCCCACGGCCAGCCCAGCCUGGUGUCGUCCUCCACCAAUCAGUACCCAGAGCAGACGCACACCAUGUAUGUGUCUCCUGGCCCCAUGCCCCAGCAGUACCCACACCCGAGCGCCACCUUGCAUCCCCACCAGCAGCACCCUCAGCCCUCCGCCACGCCCACAGGCCAAGCGCAGCAGGGGGGCCCGCCCCAGCACGGAGGCCCACCCAACCACCCGGCCGCCAGCCCUGUGCAGCACCCGCAGCACCCUCAGGCGGCAGCGGCUGCCGCGGCCGCCGCCCAAGCUAUCCACUUGGCCAACCAAUCCCAGCAGCCCAUGUACUCCGCUUUGGCCCCCACGCCGCCUUCCAUGACGCCGGGCCCCAACCCGCAGUCUCCACAGGCGUCCUUCCCGUCGGCACAGCAGACAGUCUACAUCCACCCGCAGCAGGUGCAGCAUGGAUACAACCCCAACCACAUGGCCCACGUGCAGCAGGCUCACAUGCAGUCAGGCAUGGUGCCGUCACACCACGCGGCGCCCGCCCACGCCCCGAUGAUGCUGAUGGCCACCCAGGGCCCGCCGGGCGGCCCGCAGCCCCCCAUGGCCCAGACGGCCCUCAACCACAUCCCUGUCUCUUCCACCACACACUUCUCCUACCUGGCGCAUCCACAAGUGCAGACUCAUCACCAGCAGCAGCUGUAGAUGGCAGAAAGAGGGCGCCAGCGAGCGGAACUAUCAUUCACGAAGGAACGGAGUUCUCCUUUGUCCUUCAUCGCUUUCCUCCUCCUCCUCUCUUAUUUCAUCGUCCUCCAGCUGACCAUUCCCAUCCACUUACCUCCCUCCUUCCGCACACAAGGCAAUAAGAGAAUGUUAACAGGUUGAUGAUGCAGUGAUGUGUUUUAAGAGAAAACUAAUCUACGAACGAAGAAUUAAACUGGAACUUUGUCUGCACCUUGUGUUGGGGGUGGGGAAAAAAGCAACCCAUUUUGAACAGUAUUAAUGUUACUGUUGUAUUGCUGAUGCUGCUGCUACAAGACUACAAAUGUCUAACCAAACUAAAAAAUGGCCAUCGACAGGGAAAAUACAACAAACAUGAGCGUUUAUUUAUGAAAAAAAAAAAAAGAAAAACCCUGAAGAAAUGACAGUGAUCACAACCCACCUCUCACCCAAGCCCAAUGUAACUUUUAAGUUAAAACUUUUACUUUGUAGAUAAUAUAAAUAAUUUAAAAAAAUGAGCCAAAAAAAAAUUUAAAAAUAAAAAAAAGUUUUAAAAACUGAA